AUGCACAAGAAAAAGCAGGAGAAGAUGGGAAUGCAGGCGUACGAAGAGAAGACAAAGAUGUUAGAAGACGCAGUUAAGAACCUUCAGCAGCAUGAGACAGAGAUAUCCAUACCAGCAUCGCAUUUCCUCAAGGCACCCUCUUCACCCUUGUCUCCUGCACCGACUUCUGUCCCAGGAGAGGAAGAAAAUUUCCUUAAUUUCAAAGGUGCACAACUUAUUUCACUCUCGCUCUUAGAGAAUAAACGUCAAUUUGCCCGGUUAGACAACAACCAUGCUCCUGUUGCCUCCUUGACUAGCGAGAACUUAAAUAAGCAUGGGCGUGAUACGGAGGAUGUCUCUCUGCCCAGCAAAAAGGGUAAAGGCAAAAAACCUCAACUAGCUUUGACGAAGGAAAGAGUGAAGGAUUUACAACAGAGGAUUUGUGAUAGAAUUCCACGUCAGACCUACAAGAAGUUCAAGCAGGCGUGGCUGGAUGCAGCGAAAAGUCUGGGGAUGGAAGACGAGAUUAGUGGGAACUCUGUCAGUGUUGAGGAUCAGCAGCUUUACCAUGCCACUGUCCAGCUAGCCAUUGAGAUCGCCGACCUUUGCGAAGAGCUAGAUAUUGUGGAAGGCGACAUUGGUUUCCCGACUGUCAAGGGAACUUUUGAUGGGGGAGGCUAUUUCCUCGGUGAAGAGGUUCAAGAAGUUGCCAAAUGGAUGCAUGCUCAUGCGGACAUGCGUAUGACGGAAAAAGCACCUGCGGGCAAGGUACAUCAAUCCCGGACAAACAGCAACGAGAAGACAUAUGAAAUCUACGACUACAUCAAACAAAAGCGUAUUCCACUGUCGAAGACAAUGGCAAUUCAAGCAAGAAACAAACCUGAGGACUAUCCUGGGGUUGUCGAACAAGGAUUAGAGCUUGCGGAAUUCAACAACGAGGGUCGGUGCAUCUCCUGCAGCAAUAGAGAUAUUAGCAAGGAGGUUAAGGCAUUGAAAGCGUCUGCCGCCACCUUAGCCACCUCGAGGGAUCACAUCCCUCGUCUGAGCUGUGGAUGCUUGCUGGACCUUGCAUCUUUGGAGCUAUGGAUGGUCAAGAUUACAGCCGAACUUGAGGACAUCCCCCAGCGUGGCGCUUCUAACACGAAGUCGGCUUCAUUCAAUUUCUCUGAAGAAAAUCUAAAGAUGAUAGCAGGCGUCAUCCAAAGUCUCACAGGAUUGGGUCUGCCGGAUCUACUUGCCCCAAAGGAGCAACGUCUUGCACGUACGGCAGCCUACUCGUUGCGUGAAUUGGACAGGGCUUUUGGGAUAAAUGGAGAUGAAGAGGGAGGCUUUCUUGGUUGUUAUAAGCAAUUGGACGCUACUGUUACAAAACUUGUUGAUCGUAACAAGCUUAGAAGUAUUGAGUAA